UUCUGUGCCGCUCAGCUAGCGCUCGCAACUAGCACCAAGAGCAGCGUGUGUGUGUGAGACCCCCAGCAUCUCUGGUCCAUCUCACGUAUAAUAAUAUCGUCGGUGGUCCCAGUAAUCUCUGUCACCAUCUCUGAUUUUUUUCGGGCUUGACACCAUCGCAAACGAGACUUUUCCGCGGGAGUAUGACUUUGGAAAGUUUUAAGUGAACUGUUGGAGUUUUGAGAAAGAAAAACUUUUUUCGCGAUGGCUGUACUAAGUCGUCGGAAUGUGUGGGUGUGUUUGGGAGUUGUACUUUUUUGUGGUGUGCUGCUGGGCACGGCGCUGGCAACGGAAGACUUUGAGGAGGACUCAGACUUAGUUUUCGACACAUUAGAAGCAACAAAUUUAAGAAAUCAUAGGAUAGCAAGGGAAUCGAGUAGUCAUAGUCAAUCAGAAUCUAGUCAAAAUGAAGAUGACCAUUGGUUGUUCGGAACUGUAAAUAGAAUAAAACGAAGUAUAGGUAAUAUAUUUUCAAAAAGGGAGGAUGGUAAAAACCUAAAACACCAUGACAAGAGCAGCGAAGAAAUUAAGAACCCCAACCAUUCCAAAUCGAAAUUCGAAAACAAUGAACACCACCCGAAUCUCUUAAGAAAUCACAGACAAGCUGACGAUGACUACGAUGACCUUGACGAGGAAAAUGAGGAAGAGUUGGGACAAGAGGAAGAUACUUAUGGUGAUGUACAAAAUGGACAAUAUGAGGAUAUAAAUGAGUUAGAUGAGGAUAAAUAUUAUAAUGAAAACGGUUCUUCUACAAAUUUCUUCGGACCAAUAGAAUUUGGUGGUUCAGGAACUGUCGUAGUAGAUCCAUAUAGAAGAAUAGAAUUAGAGGGAUCAGGUGAUAAUAAUAAUGAUUAUGACGAAGACAAUAUCGAUGUUGAUGACCCUGAGAACCCUCGUGUGGUACUAGGAGAUGAUGAGGAUUUACCUGGUCUCGGGUCUGGAAGAGAAGGUUCAGGUGAAGUCGAUGAAGGUAGACAUGUUGAAAGCGUGCCCGUGCCUACAGAGCGCCCUAUACCAAAAUACUACAGAUUUAUAAUUACCGUCCAAGAACCAUACAGAGAAGAAUUCAACAAUUUCAACAGUUAUGAAUUCCGUGAAUUGGCAGAUAGGGUGAAGCGAUCUUUGGAUCAACUGUUCGAUUCAUUUCCUGGUACUCAGUCAUCUACAGUAAUCAGCAUAGAUAAAGACAGGAACGACAACUUCAAAGUAAGAGUUACAGCAGAUCUUACUUCCUUAAGUCACUCAUCCAAUGAUGAAGUCAGGGACCACAUUCUCAACAACUUGAAUAGAAAUCAUAGGAUGGACUUCGUCGUGGCCGUACCUGAUGAUUUUAUAUUUAGGCCUUUUGAAGAUAGGGAACCGUACUGUAGCGAAGACGAACUAACAUGUCGUGAAAGCAAACAAUGUGUACCGCUGUCCGCUAGGUGUAAUUAUGUUUCUGAAUGUAAUGACAGAUCUGAUGAAGACGGUUGUCCCGCAAUUACAACACCUUCUGCCCCCACCACAUUUGAACCCUCGCCUACCAUCACCAUCACCACCACGACCACGACCACAGAACCACCGGUAGAGGGCAGCGGAGAAGAAGAGACAGGAGGCGAGCGCGCAGACGACGUAGAGCGAUGCGCAGACGGUUACGGCUCGUACCACGGCGACCAGCGGUGCGACGGCAUCUUCGACUGCGCAGACAGGAGCGACGAGAGGGGCUGUCCGUCAUGUAGGUGUAUCGAUUGCGGUGGUGGUUUGGCCUGUUUGAAUCACGUACUAAUGCUGGUGUUGGCGAUGGGCUUUACUAAUUGUUCGUUUGUGCACUUGCUGUGA